AUGUGUGGUGCUACCAAUGAAGACAUAAACGUUGAGCAGCUCUCGGGUGCUCACCCUCACCUCAAUGUUGUGCAGGACAUUGCCAUUCAUCCAUUAGCAAGGCUUUCACUUGAUGAAGCUGCUGGCUUGCUAAAAAAGUUGCAGCAGAUUGAAAUCAUACCUUUUUAUCAGUAUGCUGCUAUUCACACGACAAGGAGAGCUCUGGACACCAUCAGGGGGGAGCUGGGCUAUUACCGCCCUAACUUCAAGGGCAUCCACUGGGCAGAAUGGGCUCAACCAGAGCAAAUUACAAUGAAACCGGAUGAAGGUCUAGAAGUGGUGACUCAAGCCAGAGGUAUAGCGAUGAUUGGAACUCGUCCAUUGUUAACUACGUACAACAUUACAAUCAUAUCCAUGGAUCUCUUAGCUGCAUUCCACUGGAGCCAAACUAAAUUGGAGCUGAUUGUGUCCCGAACCACAUUGAGACACUGGCAUCCGAAGAACGUCUGGACUUGGAGAAAGGAGUACUUACUGAUCUUCUCCUGA